AUGGAUUUUUUAUUAAUCAGUGACUUCUUAGACGAAAUUGGAUGUUGCAGAAUUUGCACGUUACGUUUUCUAAAGCCAAAUAUUGACGACUUUUUAGACGUGGAAAAUUCUUUGAAAAGUAAAGUAAUUCCCAUCAAUCAACAUAGUGAACAUGAAUCUAAACGACUUAAAACAAAUACAUGUGUUGCAUGUUUUAAUGUUUUCAAUUUUAUUGAUGAAAUCAUAAUGAAAGUUAAAUCAAGUGAAUGGUUGAAACACUACGAAGUUAAACGUUUUGUAACUUCAUAUUCACUCCCAGUAUCUCUUGAUCUAGCUCAGCUUCAAAUAUGGCUUGUUCUGAUAGAAAAGUUUCCGAAUAUGUUCGAUUCAGACAAACCAAAUCUCAUUGUACUUGACAUUGUGUCUCAAGCCGGAACGUACAUCAAGGAACUGGUUCAUGGAGAAUUCGGACGAACAACUCCAAGCAUUUCCUCAUUGAUCGACAUGGAAAUUGACAUUGUGGCUUUAGAUGUCAUGGAUAUCGACCUCAAUUUCCCAAAGUCAUUAAACCGAACUUGA